GUGACUCACGCAGAUCUUGGCGGCGAUCUUGGCGGUCCAAGGACUGGAACAGCGGCGAUCACCGCUGAAACACGCUUUUCAUGCGUCAUUGCCGGUAAUCGAUCGACUGCCAAACAGGCGAAAUGCUGAAAAUUCAAGUUAUACCAGACUUCUAAAGGACCAUCGAGAUGGUCCGUAUAUCCAUCCCGACCCUUCCGCCACUCCCACCGCUUCCACCUUCAGCACUGACUCUACUUCCAGCGAGAGAAGCAGCUUCACACCUUGGGGAAUUUCUCGAUAAAGGCAAGGGCAAGACGGUGAUCUUGACCGGAGCUGGAGUCAGUGUGGAAUCUGGUAUUAGAGCAUACCGAGGAGAAGAUGGAACGUAUUCGAAUCCAAAUUACAAACCCAUCAUGUAUCAAGAGUUGAUACAGGAUUCACCGACCGGUCGGAUGUUUCGCAAGCGAUACUGGGCAAGAUCAUUUCUCGGUUACCCUCCAGUCAGGGAUGCACAGCCAAACCCGACACAUAUUUACAUCGCGGCUCUUCAAGUACUUGGACUAGCCCCGAGGCUCAUCACUCAGAAUGUCGACAAUCUCCAUCCUAAAGCUCUCAACCUCGUUACAUCCCAUCUCCCUUCUUCGUCCCUGAGCAACAGUCAGAUCCUAGAGCUUCACGGGACAUUGGCCAAAGUGCACUGUCUUGAACAUUCUCACACUCAACCACGAGACGAUUUUCAAGCUCAAUUAGGCCAUCUCAACCCUCUAUGGCAAGCUAAAGCUGAAGAAUCAGAACGAACAGGGGACAGACCUCGCACGAAUCCGGAUGGAGACGUCGAGCUUCCAGGCGCAGAUUUCAGAGAUUUCACCGUACCAGGCUGCAAGAUCUGUGAAGCGCAAGGCAAAGGGAAAGAUCAAGGUAUCGUCAAGCCGAAUGUGGUGUUUUUCGGAGAGACGUUACCGACUCACGUCAAGGAUACAUCCAUACAAAUGCUUGAAUCAGCCUCUCAACUCCUGGUCAUCGGUACAUCCCUCGCGACCUACUCUGCUUUUCGACUCGUCAAACAGGCCCAUGAACAAUCUUUGCCGAUCCUCAUGAUUUCUCAAGGUCCUUCAAGGGCUGAACGAGGUAUCAAAGGAUUCGGAGAGCAAAAAAUGGAUCGACAAGCCGGACCAGUCUUACGGGCGUACCUUAACGAACUGCUCAAGACAAAUUCGGGUCCAGAAGUGGAAGCAGUCAAGAGGGUCUUAGAUCAAGGGGUCGUCAAGCGUCCACCGGAAGUCGAAGGACCGCGAGCAGAGGGAUAGGCAUGGUCAUCGUGAUACAUUGCAUCUUAUUGGUACAAUCCUAUUUGAUACAGAGUCGUAAAAACGUCGCGUCGAUAGAUGGUCGUCAAUUGGUCUCGGACUCCUUUCCUUUGCCAAUCUUUCUCGCUUCAGCCUCUUCUUCCGCCUCUUUCGCCCGCAUCAAGAACAACUUUGCCUUCUUCUCCAUUGCCUUUUUCCGCUCAUCAAUGCUGUCCAGCAGCUCCUCAAAGCGAUGCAGAAUCUCUUCUUUCUCUGCUUGG